AUGGAGUCCCCGGUCCAGAUCUUCCGCGGGGAGCCGGGUCCCACCUGCCCCCCGAGCACCUGCCUGUCCCCCAACGGCAGCGGCUGGCUGGCGGGCUGGACCGAGGCCGACGGCAACAGCAGCGGGGGCUCCGAGGGCGCUCCGCUCGAGCCCGCGCACAUCUCUCCCGCCAUCCCGGUCAUCAUCACCGCGGUCUACUCGGUGGUGUUCGUCGUGGGCUUGGUGGGCAACUCCCUGGUCAUGUUCGUGAUCAUCCGAUACACAAAAAUGAAGACAGCAACCAACAUUUAUAUAUUUAACCUGGCGCUGGCAGAUGCCUUAGUUACUACAACCAUGCCCUUCCAGAGCACCGUCUAUCUGAUGAAUUCCUGGCCAUUUGGGGACGUGCUGUGCAAGAUAGUCAUUUCCAUUGACUACUAUAACAUGUUUACCAGCAUAUUCACCUUGACCAUGAUGAGCGUGGACCGAUACAUUGCUGUGUGCCACCCCGUCAAGGCUUUAGACUUUCGCACACCCAUGAAGGCGAAGAUCAUCAACAUCUGUAUUUGGCUCUUAUCGUCAUCUGUUGGCAUAUCUGCGAUAGUCCUCGGAGGGACCAAAGUCAGAGAAGACGUGGAUGUCAUCGAGUGCUCCUUGCAGUUCCCGGACGAUGACUACUCCUGGUGGGACCUCUUCAUGAAACUCUGUGUCUUCGUCUUUGCCUUUGUGAUCCCUGUCCUCAUUAUCAUUGUCUGCUACACCCUGAUGAUCCUGCGCCUAAAGAGCGUCCGACUCCUUUCUGGCUCCCGAGAGAAAGAUCGCACCCUCCGUCGGAUCACCAGGCUGGUGUUGGUGGUGGUGGCCGUCUUCAUUAUCUGCUGGACGCCCAUUCAUAUCUUCAUCCUUGUAGAGGCUCUGGGGAGCGCCUCUCACAGCACAGCCGCCCUCUCCAGCUAUUACUUCUGCAUUGCCUUGGGCUACACCAACAGCAGCCUGAACCCCAUCCUCUAUGCCUUUCUUGAUGAAAACUUCAAGCGGUGCUUUAGGGACUUCUGCUUCCCAAUGAAGAUGAGGAUGGAGCGACAGACAACCAGUAGAGUCAGAAACACGGUUCAGGAUCCUGCUUACAUGAGGGAUGUCGGCGGGAUAAAUAAGCCAGUAUGA